AUGCAGAGAAUCGCUAUCGCCAGAGCUUUUAUCAAGAAGCCAAAGAUUCUACUACUUGAUGAAGCUACAAGUGCUCUUGAUAAGAGAAAUGAAAAGGAAGUGCAAGGUGCCAUUGAUAAGAUUAGACAAGAGUUGGGUUCAAUUACAACAAUAGUAAUUGCUCACCGACUUUCUACAAUUAUCAAUUCAGAUAAGAUCAUUGUGAUGCAGAAAGGUAAGAUCAUCGAAAUAGGCAAUCACUAGACUCUACUCUAAAACUACCCAGAGGGAACCUAUGCUAAGUUCGUAAGAGAGCAGGAGUAAAGUGAAGACAGAAACCCAGGAAUGGCUGUCUAAGAUGAUGAGCCACAAAUGACAGAGGAAAGCGAGUAAGCAAAGGAAGCAAGAUUUUAAGAAGAUAGCAAAAAGCAACUUAUUCUAGAUCAAGAAGAAUCAGAGAUGAAGACUAGGUAGGAUGACGUUGAUAAACUUGAAGACGAUGAGUUUGAAGCAUUCAAGAAAGAUCUAGCUAAGUAAAACAAAUUCAUGAGAUUAGUCAAUAUCAGCUAGCCCAAGGUCAACAUCCUCAUUGGUGUCUUCGUGUCUAUGUGCUAGGGUCUGAUCAUGCCUUGGUUCGGUAUACUUUUAGCCAAGAUGCUGUUUGUCCUUAAUAACUACUAUGUGCCUCUCGGUGAAGAUGUGAGAGCAGAUUCAGACAAGUACUGUCUGCACAUGUUCAUCGCUGCCUUGAUCGCCUUCUUUACUGGCUUCUUGCAAAAAUUCUGUUUUGGAGUUAUUGGAGAAAAUGUCACUCUCAAAAUCAGACAAGGAUUGUACAGUUCAGUACUGUAAAAGCAUAUUGGGUUCUUUGAUCAAAAGGAAAAUGCUCCAGGUGUUAUUUCUGCUUCAAUGGCAAGUGAUGCCUAGAUUAUAAACGGAGUAAGUGCAGAGGGUCUGGCUUCAUCAUUAGAAGCAGGCUUUGCAACUCUUUCAGGUGUGGUCAUUGGUUUCAUUUACAACUGGAAAAUUUCCCUUGCUUGUCUGGCAUGUGUUCCAUUUAUGAUCCUUGGAAGUAUUAUGAAUGCAAAGUUCCAGGCGGGUAUGAGCUCAGAUGCUGACUCUGCUUCAAAAGAGGCUAACUUGCUCGCUGGUGAUGCCAUUAUAAAUUAUAGAACUGUUGCAUCAUUCGGAAAUGAGGAUUAAAUACUUAGCGAUUAUAAGAAACUACUAGACGGCCCACUUUAGAUUGCUGUUAGAAAGAGUCAUGUAAUAGGACUUGUUUUCGGAUUUUCUUAAUUUGUGCAAUACGCUGUGUUCGCUGUACUCUAUUAUGUUGGUGCAGUUAUCAUUCAACAUGAUUACGAUAACAUGGAGUUCGACAAGGACAAACCAGAUGAGGUUUUUAUUGCUAUCUUUGCCAUGAUGUUUGGAGCUAUGGCUGCUGGACAAGCCUAACAGUUUGGUCCUGAUAUUGGUAAAGCAAAAGCUGCUUCAGCUAAAGUGUUCGGGAUGAUGGAUCUUCCAUCUAAGAUCAAUGCAGUUAAUCAACCUGGCAGUGACCUUAUCAAAAUUAACCCAUAAACUUUCAAGGGUGAAAUUGAAUUUAAAAAUGUCUGGUUCAGAUACCCCACAAGAAAGAAUGACUGGAUUCUAAAGGGACUAAACAUGAAAAUUAAUUCUAAGGAAACUGUUGCAUUAGUUGGUGAAUCAGGCUGUGGAAAGUCCACAAUUGUGUCUUUACUACUCAGAUUCUAUGAUGUCAAUUCAGGAUUAAUUCUACUAGAUGGUUAAGAUAUUAGAAAAUAUGAAUUGAAAUCUCUAAGGCAAGGGAUGGGGCUAGUUAUGCAGGAGCCCACACUCUUCAAUUAUACUGUACUUGAAAAUAUUCUCUAUGGUCAAGAUUAGGCAAGCAAUUCUGAUAUUAGAGCUGCGGCUGAAGUUGCUAAUGCUUUAGAAUUCAUAGAGUCUUAAGAGCUAAGCAAUGCAUUGGACGACUCUGCUGAAUCUCUUAUUACUAAAUUCAAGGAUAAUCAAAAGAUUAUUGUAAAAGAAUUAGGUGAGAAUGAGUUCAAUGAAACUUUAAGUCUCCUCGAAGAUUUGAAGAAAGAUGAGAUCAAGAAAGGUAAAUUCCUAGCACAAUAAGGGGAUAUUGAUAGAAGAGGUGAAGACAAAAAAGAUAUGCAAUUGCACAAUGGUUUCUCUGUUGAUUGUGGUCUGAGAGGAUGCAAGCUCUCAGGAGGGUAAAAACAGAGAAUUGCUAUUGCAAGAGCUAUUAUCAGGAAACCCAAGAUGCUAAUCCUUGAUGAAGCUACAUCUGCCCUAGAUGAAGCAUCUCAAAGAAAAGUUCAAGUUGCUCUCGACAACAUUAUGAAGGAUAGAACCUCUAUUGUGAUUGCUCACAGGCUCAAGUGGCCGACUUGUUGA